AGCUGCGAAGUUGAUAACUAUUGAUACUCGUAUUGUUUAGUUGAAAGGACUUUCAAAAAAAGACGCCACUCACGCGGCAGUUCAAAACAUGAAGAUGCUGGAAAUGCGGGGAAAAGAAAAUUCUAAGGCGAAUACACUGACAAUAAGCUCAAGAAGAAAAUUAAGUUUCGCGAUUGCCUUGCUCAAGAAACCAAAAAUACUGAUACUAGAUGAAGCAACCUUUGGAAUGGAUUUUAUAUCGAAAAGAAGAGCAUGGAGUAUGCUUAAAAAUUUGCGAAAAGAUCACACUAUAAUUUUGAGUACCGGUUAUGCAAAAGAAGCAGCAAGAUUGGCCGACCGGGUAGCCAUUUUACAAAAUGGUACUGUUGUAACCCAUGGAACUCCGGCGUAUUUGGAAAACACAUUCGGAACUGGAUAUGAACUGAUUAUUACAAUAGAAAAAAACACAAACCAUGUCCCUCUACUAGAACUCGUUAAAAAAGUGAUAUCCGAUGCUCUGGUCACACAACAAAAAUAUAAUGUAAUUGCGUUCAAGAUACCACCGGCGGAAAUAAUUAAAUUCGUUCAGGUGUUCAAAGAAUUGGAACAAAAUAAAAAAAGUUUGGGAAUAAUAAACAUGGAGGUAGCGUACGCUACAUUGGAACAAAUAUUAUCGAAAAUACAAAAUGAAUUUCUGGAAACACCGAAACGAUUGUCGAAAAUAAUUCACGACAAAAUUACUCCCAAAAAUCGUUCAAAUGACCAAAAUGUUACGUAUUCGACGAAUUUGCCUUCUGCGAAACCAAGUCCAACGUUGGGUGAUUCGAAUUUUCAGGUUGAGAAAGGAUUUUCACUCAAAGUUCAGCAAAUGAGAGUAUUACUUGAAGUGAAAAUUCUGUAUACGAAAAGAAGUUAUCUAAAUGUGAUUGUCAAGAGAUACAAUGGGCUAAUUCAAGGCCAUAAUCAAAUAAAUGCGUCCUCAACUUUUCAACUGGGUUAUUAUAAAGAUGAAGAAAUGGGCACUGAGUCAUUAGAAAAGAUAACUUUCUUCUACACAAGACACGUUGAUAAGAAUAAUACCAAUCAACAUUUAUUCAAAUACGCUGUUGAAAUACCAAAUAAGAAACACAUCGUGGAAAAUAGAGAACGUAAAUAA